AUGUGGGAAUAUGUUCUCGGGGGAGCUGGGAGGUCUGAGCGGACACUGUUGAGCUUGGAGAACCAGAUGCCUCCCCUAGUGCCACCCACUCCUGGUCCCCCAGUAAACUCCAGCUUGGCCCUCAAGACCUGCCCACUCCCUUGGACUGAUCUGGAAAAUGCUGCUGGGCUUCUGCGUGCUCACCUGGUGCCCAAACUCAGCCAGCACAGGGGGCUUCUGAGGCUGUGGGCCAAGCCCCUGCAGUUCCCAGUACCCCGCUUAAGUGUCCCAGAUGCCAACCUGGGACUAGCUCGGCUGCUGUGUGCUUCCUCUGCGCGGCCCGGGGCCUCCUGGGGGCAGGGAGGGGAGCGGGGCCCAGACGAGGCCCGGAGAGGGUCGGGAGAAGACGCAGGGGGCUUGGGUGGAUAUGUCCACUUGGUGACUCCUAACGGCCGGAGGCCACGACGCCGGCACGGACCGGAAGCGGAAGGGCGGGGCCUGGCCGUACCGUUGUGGACACGCACCCCCCCUUACCCUUACCCACCCCUGACCGCAGUGGACCCCAACUCCCCUCCCCGGCCCCUUCGGGCCUUAGCAGACCCCCAGCCCACCCCCACUGGCCCCUCUAAACCUGCAGGGGACCCCCGCCCCUCUUCGCAGGAUCCUGAGGACACGGUGGACCCCCACCUCCUCCUGCUGAUUCCAACCCGCAGUGGAUCCCUACCCACGCCCCCCGCUGACUCUUCCGAGCCACAGUGGCCCCCUACCCCGCACCCCAGGUCUCACCGGACCUGUGGUGGCUCCCCUUUUGACCCUUCAACCUGUGCCCCCACUAUCCCUCCUAGGCCUCCUGGUGGCACUCUGGUGACACCCUGCCCGCCGAGUGCCCCCUCAGCCAGCCCUUGCCAGGCAGCACAAACCCCCUGUAGAGGGGCCGGUGGAACGGGGUCCACUUCCACCUCUUCACCUCUCCGGGUCCUCGGACCUGCGUUAGGAUGUGGCCAGGGGCACGCUGAGGUGAGUGUCACAGCCGGCCAGGGGCUCUCAGUCCGGGAGGACAAAGACUGCCAGGGCCACCGGCGCCUUGGUUCUAUAUACGGCCCUAGACAGGGUCCCAGAGAACCAGCCUCAGAGGUACAGAUGAGUAGCCUGCUAGGGCUGGAGAUGGACGACAGAAAGCCGAAGGGCCCACCGGGGAAGGAGACAGAGGGACUGAGCCCCUCAGAGCACGGGCACCCCUCCACCCAGGGGGGUCCUUCAGCGGCCUGGGGUCAGCCCAGAGUGCAGAGUGGUACCCAACAUGGACUCCAGACUCAAGAUUGGGUGAGUGAGCAGCCGCUGCUUCGGUGCCCAGGCCGCCGCUGGAACAUCAGCAUCGAUGAGCGCCGACGGCUGGCCUUGCUGGACAACCUGGAGAGGCCGGGCGCCGGGACCCACUCCUGUUAUGGGGAGAUUGCGCAGGUCGUGUGCCAGCUGGUGUCGGAGGACGUGGACAGAGACGUGCUCAUCCCUCACCCGUCCAGGUCUGCUAAGUCCGCCAAGGCCUUCCACGCCUUCCUGUCCCGAAACACAGGAAGUACAAGGGCGGAGCAGUCCACCCGUGAGGUCCGGGCCUCGAAGCCGCCCCGCCCCUAA